UACAAUUGUGGAGUUUUUGUCUUUACUGGCCGAUUGCAUUAUUAUCUUAGCCAAUUUUGUGUGAAUUUAUUAUUUUAUUUCCUAUAUCCAUAAUAUUAAUUAGUGAAUUAUUACCUUUAAAAACAAACGUUAAUUACACGAGUUUUUUAUUUAAUUAUUAAAUUUAUUUAAUUAUUAAAAAAUCAAAGAAAAUGUCUUUACAUUCGAGUUUCUAAAAAAUAGUGUUGGCAUUUAUUACAUCUCUAAAUAUAUUUUGAAGCUCUUAGGUUAUGCAGUUGUAAUCAAGCCGAGUAUAAGUUUUCUUUCACUUGUUUAAAAUGUACGAUUCCAACAGUGAUUUGGAUCGACAAAUCGAACAACUAAAACGAUGUGAAAUUAUUCAAGAACAUGAAGUUAAAGCACUUUGCGCAAAAGCUCGCGAAAUACUUAUUGAAGAAAGUAAUGUUCAGCGAGUUGAUUCACCCGUAACUGUAUGUGGAGAUAUUCAUGGACAAUUCUAUGAUUUGAAAGAAUUAUUUAAAGUUGGUGGAGAUGUUCCUGAAAGAAACUAUUUAUUUAUGGGUGAUUUUGUAGAUCGUGGAUUUUUCAGUGUAGAAACAUUUUUACUUCUUCUCGCAUUAAAAGUUAGAUAUCCUGAUAGAAUAACAUUAAUUAGAGGCAACCAUGAGUCACGUCAAAUUACCCAAGUUUAUGGUUUUUAUGAUGAAUGCUUAAGAAAAUACAACAGUGUUGCUGUGUGGCGUUAUUGUACUGAGAUAUUUGACUAUCUCAGCCUAUCAGCCAUCAUUGAUGGAAAAAUAUUUUGUGUACAUGGUGGUCUAUCACCAUCUAUACAAACUUUAGAUCAAAUAAGAACCAUUGAUAGAAAACAGGAAGUUCCUCAUGAUGGACCUAUGUGUGAUUUAUUAUGGUCAGACCCAGAAAAUACACAAGGAUGGGGUGUUAGUCCGAGAGGUGCUGGAUAUCUUUUUGGUUCUGAUGUAGUUGCCCAAUUUAACACAACAAAUGAUAUUGACAUAAUAUGCCGUGCUCAUCAGUUAGUCAUGGAGGGUUACAAGUGGCACUUUGAUGAAACUGUCCUAACAGUAUGGUCAGCUCCAAAUUAUUGUUAUCGAUGUGGAAAUGUUGCCGCAAUUUUAGAACUUAGUGAAACACUUCAAAGAGAUUUCACUAUUUUUGAAGCAGCUCCCCAAGAAAAUCGAGGUAUGCCUACAAAAAAACAUGCUGCAGACUAUUUCCUCUAAUAAUUUAAGAUUCUAAUAGAUUUUAUAUGUUUCGCCUCUAAGUGAAAAAGAAAAAUGAUACUUUUUUAAGUAAUUUGUAUUUGUAUGAAUACUGACAAUAUAAUUAAUUUUUUUAAAUAUAAAAUAGUUGUUAAUAAA